UCCCUAGGUUGAUCCUAGCUCUAGAAUAGUAGUCGUAUACGUUGAAUUAGAAAGGAGAUCGGGAACAAUGGAUCCGUCGAUGACAGAUGAUCUAACGAAUCCAGAAUUGGGGAACGUUUUGUUCGAAAAGGCCAUGAAAGGGAGAUGGGGUGAAGUCGUCGAUAUAUGUACGGAAAACCCAUGGUCUCUGGUGGCCGGAAUCACCAGGUUGGAGGACACACUGUUACACCUAGCUGUCUCCGGCGGCCAAGAGGAGACGGUCCGAAAACUCACAUAUAUUAUCUCUGAACAGCCAAAUCACGAAAUGCUUCUCAGGGUUAAAAAUGAGAGAGGGAACACCGCUCUCCAUAUCGCUGCACUAAUGGGGAAUGAGGCCAUGUGUAAGUGCAUAGCAAGUGUUGAUUCUUCAUUAAUCGGACAACGUAACUAUGAGGGAGAGACUCCUCUUUUCACGGCAGUGCUCUUCGGUAAAAUACAAGCUUUCCAAAGUCUUUACGAUUUGUGUCCGUUCUAUGAGCGUUACAGUUAUUCCAGGAAUACGCGUGGUGACACGAUUCUUCACUGCGCCAUUUCUGGAGACCAUUUUGAUUUGGCAUUGCUGAUAAUUGAGUUGUAUGGGGAAGUACUGGUAAACGCUGUCAAUGAGGAUGGAAUCACACCUCUCCAUCUACUAGCGGACAAGCCCUCGGCUUUCCCAAGCGGCAGCCGCCUUGGAGUUUUCGAUCGAAUCAUUUAUCAGUGCAUGUAUGUUGACGAGCGCAAGGUGAUGGAACCAGAUGAUCAUUUUUUCCAGCGCUCUAUGCAACCGAUAGCAAGACUUCCCGCCUACGAAAGGAAUCCAAAUAAUUAUCCAGAGAACUACAGAACAUGCAACGACUUCUAUCGAUUGUUUUGGAAUUUCUUUACAUUUUUACGACACGCAAUGGGAAUAGAUCAAGUACAGACCGCAAAAGAGAACCCUGAAAUUGCAAUGGGAUUACAUGUUGAAGAACAUACUGAAGAGAACCCUGAAAUAACAAUGGGAUUACAUGUUGAAGUACAGACCGCUGAAGAGAACCCUGAAACAUCUACAAUAAAUCCAGGCAAGCAACUCGCGUAA